AUGAAGGCCCAGACCGUCAUCGCCACUUUGUUCGCCGUCUGCGUUGCUGCCUCCGCUGUUCCAGCCAGCAGCGGCUACAAGACCGUUGAGUUGAGCGGAAGCCAGCUUCAGAGCGCGCUUUCCAAGUUUAACAAGGGUGCCAACUUCGAUGUCAACCAAGUCAUCAAUUGCACUGUUUCGUACACUCUUGCUCUAAGCGCCAGCGGACCUCCAUACACCAUUGAGCUCGCCAGCCUCGACCUGUCCAACUGCACCUACACCUAG